AUGUGGGUGCAGAUUCAUAAAGUGCCGCCACUGAGUAUGACGGCUGCAGUUGCUAUGGAAAUUGGAGAAAAGCUUGGCAAGGUGGUAUGGGUGGAUAAAUCGGCUAGCAGAGAAUGCAUUGGAAGAUUUCUACAAGUUCGUAUCAAGUUUAACCUUCAGGAACCAUUGAUGCAGGGGAUGAUGGUCACGUUUUCAGAUGAAGGACGUGUCUGGGUACAAUUGCAAUAUGAAGGGCUGCGUAAUUAUUGCUUUUACUAUGGCAAACUUGGUCAUGUAAGCCGGGUUUGUAAAACACAUGGUUUGCAUGAGUUGCAUGGCUUAGGGGAGGAAGAUGAAUCACAGAAUAAGAGAGGACAAUUUCCAUAUGAAGGUUUGGAGGCUCGAUGGGAUUUGCAAGGAAGUGUGAUCCAUUCACCGUCUCGUCGAUCAACAAGCUAA